GAAAGUCGCGACACAGAACGAGUGCAGCUCGUCGUGUUGCCGGGUGUGGCUGUUGCAUGGUGCUCAGACCUCUUGCCUUUUUGAAUUCUCUCCUUGUAUUGCCCCCUCCCCACACUUUGGGGUCUUGCUUCAAAGGGGCAGUUCCAAUUCUGGAAGGAGAUGUCUCUGCCUUCGGUGUACCAGCACAAGUUUGCGGAGAAGCUGACUAUCCUUAAUGAGAGGGGCAAAGGAGUCCUCAUUCGCAUGUACAAUAUCAGGAAGACAUGCAUGGAUCCCCGGGCGAAGCCAACUUUCUUCACUGAGAAGACCAUGGAGUCCUCCAUCAAAUAUAUCAACAAGAAAUUCCCCAACUUGGACACGCGGAGCGGCACGCAACAUUUGGGUCCAGUACACAAAGAGAAAGCAGAUAUUUUCCGGGCACUCAGUGCCUAUUAUCAGACCUUUGUGGAUGUAAUGGAAUUCCGGGACCAUGUCUAUGAAUUGUUGAACACGAUCGAUGCCACCCAGUGCUACUUUGACAUCCACGUGAAUUACGAUUUCACCAGAAAUUACCUUGACCUGAUUGUUACCUAUGCCUCCGUCAUCUUACUCCUUUCCCGUAUCGAUGAUCGUAAAGCCCUCAUUGGCCUGUACCACUGCACCCACGAGAUGAUCCACGGAACAAGCGAUGCCAGCUUCCCUCGGUUGGGUCAGAUGAUUCUGGAGUAUGAGAAUCCCUUGCGUAAGCUGAUGGAGGAGUUUGGACCCCAUACUAAGGCGGUGAGCAGUGCCCUUCUUUCACUGCACUUCCUUUUUGCCCGUCGAAACCACUCAGCUGAUCAGUGGCGAAGUGACCAGCUCUUCAGUUUGAUCAGCAACCCUGCGGGGAUGCUCGCGCCGGUCAAUUCGGAUACGAUGGCCUGUGAAUACCUUUCCCUGGAGGUUCUUGAACGAUGGAUUGUGUUUGGGUUCUUGCUGUGCCACAGCUGCCUGGCCUCUACGCAGAGCUGCCUGGAUCUGUGGCGGGCGGGUCUCCGGAGCUCGCUCUACAUCACUCUGGUACGGGACGAAGUGCUUCCUAUUCACAAGGUGACGGAGGAGGCCUUCAGCAGCAUCAAAGGCUAUGGAAAACGUGUUGCUGAUAUCAAAGAAUGCAAAGAGUAUGCUCUGGCACACAGUGGGCAGCUGCAUCGAGGGCGGCGUCAUUUCCUGAGGAAUGCUGUGCGGGAGAUGGAGGCCAUCCUGGCCAAUGAACCCGGACUGUUGGGGCCAAAGGCUAUUUAUGUCUUCAUGGCCCUGUCAUUCUGCCGUGAUGAGGUCACCUGGCUUUGCCGACACAGCGAACAUGUCAGCAAGGGCAAGAACCCAGAGGAAUUCACUGACAGCUACCUGGCUGAGCUGCUGUUUCUGAUGGAGAAGCUCCGUAAACUGGUCCGAAAGCAUCAAAAAGUCCUCCAGCGCUACCAUGCACAGUACUUGUCCCACUUCGAUACCCAGGUGCUCAGUGACAUCAUCCAGGACCUGACUGUGUGCCCUGAAGAGGAGUCAGUGAUUAUGUCAUCCUUUGUGAGCUCACUCUCAUCCCUAAGCAUCAAGCAAGUUGAUGAGAAGGAGAAAUUUGAAUUCACUGGGCUGCGGCUGGAUUGGUUCAGACUGCAGGCAUACACCAGCGUCACGAAGGCCCCGUUGCAGCUGCGAGAGAACCACGACAUUGCCAAGGUGAUGAAUCUCAUCGUCUUUCAUACUAAGAUGCUGGACUCCGUGGAAGAGCUGAUAGUGGAGACAUCCGACCUCUCUAUAUUCUGCUUCUAUGUGCGCCUCUUGGAGAAGUUAUUUGCAUCUACCAUGGAGGAACCAUCCAUGUUGCGCUACGCCAUUGCGUUCCCACUUCUGAGUGCUGACUUUAGCUGUGCCUCCCAUCCCUUGUGCCCUGAGGAGUUCCCUCAUCUGCGGAGCUGCGCCUUGGGACUGUGCAACAGCUUCCUGGAGGAGAUGUCCCGCCACGCUUGCACGUGCAUCUUGGAUGCCUCCGCUGAACAGUGCAAGUUGAGCGAGCAGCUCUUGCCCAAGCACUGUGCUGCCACCAUCAGCAAGGCCCGGAACAAGAGAGCCCAAAAAGCCUCGUCCAAGAAAGGAGAGCCGGAGAGGGACAAGCCUGGUGCGGAGAGUCACCGAAAGGACCGCAGCUUGGUCACCAAUCUAGACAAGCUGCACCUGACGCUGACUGAACUUUGUUGGAGCCUGAACCAAGUAGCCAGUUUCGUCGUCUUCGAACAUAUCGUGACUCCGGCGGAGUACCUCAGCGGUCAGCUGGAGAUGCGCCUCAGCAGGUCUUUGGUGCGGCUGGCAAAGCCGAACCCAAGCUCCUCGGAGUUAGCCCGCCCCUCGGAAGUCCUGGCGGGGGUGCAAGCCUACGCCACUUUUCUGGUGUCACUGAUGCAUCGUGUGGGGCUGGAUACUGGGCGCCUCCUCCGUAGCGUGCUUCUGCAGCAGACCCAGUCACUGGAUGCAAACGGCGAACAGACCCUCACCACUCUCUACACGAACUGGUACCUUGAGUCACUGCUACGCCAAGCAAGCAUGGGCUCCAUCGUCCUUUCGCCAGCAAUGCAAGCCUUUGUCAGUGUCCCCAAAGAGGGGGAGCAGACCUUCAGCGCGGAAGAGUUCUCCGAUAUCUCAGAGAUGCGCGCAUUGGCUGAGCUGCUCGGUCCCUAUGGAAUGAAGUUCCUGAGCGAUAACCUCAUGUGGCACAUCACCUCGCAGAUGGUGGAGCUGAAGAAACUAGUGACUGAGAAUAUGGAUGUACUUGUUCAGAUUCGCUCUAACUACUCUCAACCGGAGCAGAUGGCAGCUCUACUGCCCCGUUUAACAGCCACAGAAAAUGUCCUGAAGAGGAUGACCAUCAUUGGGGAGAUUCUGUGGUUCCGGUCCAUGGCACAGGAGGGCCUUCUAGAGGUCUUCACCAAUCACUGCCCUUUCCUGAUGGGUCCCAUCGACUGCCUGAAGGAAUUUGUCAACCCUGAGAUGGACAUAAAGGUGACCCUGAGCAUCUUUGAACUAGCCACAGCUGCAGGGGUCCCUUGUGACAUCGACCCAGCCCUGGUGUCUGCCCUUGCCAACCUGAAGAAAGACAGCCCUUCCCCAGAGGAGGAAUACAAGGCUGCCUGUCUGCUGCUGGUCUUUGUGGCUGUGUCUCUGCCGUCCCUGGCCAACGACCCUUCUUCAGUUUACAGCACCGACACAGACGGCUAUAGCAACAACAUCCAUUGCCUAGCCAAAGCCAUCAUCCAGGUCUCAGCUGCUCUCUUCACCAUCUACAACAAGAACAUUGAGACCCACCUCAAGGAAUUCCUGAUGCUGGCAUCUGUUAGCCUUUUGCAGCUGGGGCAAGAAGCUGAACGCGUGAAAGCCAAGAACAGGGAGUCCAUCUCAUUACUCAUACACUUGCUUGUGGAGGAGUCGCCCUUCUUGACCAUUGACAUGCUGGAGACCUGCUUCCCAUACGUCCUCCUGCGUAAUGCUUACCGCGAAGUCUCCAGAAGUUCUGCCCUGAGCCGGCUCCCUGCACACUGACCUGUGCUUUUCCCUUCACCUGUCAUGCCACGGGGGCAUGAGUUGCAGUCGCCCAUGAGCGCGUAAAUGCAGAACUCUCUUAGGCAAGCCUGGAACCCUUGUGUGCCUUAGUUUGCUAAUGGCAGCAGUGAUCAAUGACAUAGUUUUUCAGCCCCUCCCCCCGAAAUUAUGAUCUUGCUGUGGCGAGUUUGUUCACAAAGUUGGGUGGUGGGCAGUUCCAUCCUAAUUUAUAUAACACUUUUGUGAUGGUUGUCAGCUCCUCCUAGGGUGCUUAUUAGCAGAGGCUACAGGCUUUGCCACUAUGUUUGAUUUGGCGACCUUAGGAAAUCAUCCACCCUGGGGCUACCCAGUGUCACCACCAUUGGCUUAACCCUUUAAGGCACAAUCUUAUGAAAGUUUAGCAUUGCUGGCGGAGGAAUGCUAGAAGUUGCAGGACCUUUAGUUGUCACCCCCUACCUACAGAAACAAAACCUAUGUAUGUGUGCACAUUCUUUCCAUCUUUCCUUUGCUUCUGUCUUCCCCUGUGUCAAGAUUUAGAUUGUAAGUUCCUUAGGGCAGGGACCUACCUUUUCUUUUUCUUUUCUUAAAAAAAAGCUUAUGUGAUUGCAAAUGAAGUUCCAAGGAUGCCAAUAAACAUAUAUAAGUAUCAGAAGCAAUAAUAGUCACCCCCUCCAAUUUCCUAAUCUUUACAUUUGCUUCAUUUCUAAGCAGAUUGUACCAUCAUAUAUAUGGAAAUUAUACCUGAAAGAAAGCUAGGAAAUAGCCUACAGAGAUUUUCACUCUGCUGCUUUUUCCAUUGUGCGUGCAAUUGUUUUUUUCACAGGGCACCAUUCAGUGACUACAAGUUGAGAAUAGGGCCAGGCCAUGAAAGAAGAAGGGAGAGGGUAAGUGUGGCUGAGAGAAGAUGCCUCUGUGUGCACAUGUGUGUAUAGCAGGGCCUACACUAGUGCCAUGCUGAGCCCAUUAUAAGGGGCGGGCAGGUUACAUCACUUAUCAACUGAGCCACUCUGGGGGGGUUGUGUAACCUAGAAUCAUAGAUUUUUAGAGU